CGAUAUUUUCUAAUUGGAUCCAAUCUUUGUAAACAUAAGGCAAUACACAAACAGCAAGCAACAUUUGUCAACAAAGCGCUGACACAAUUGGCCCAGGUGUACCAUCCAUUCCCAUAAUAAAAACCAUGUCAACAACUCCGAACCGACAAAACGUCUCAGCGAGCCGUUUACAAUCGCCUCGAACUCCUGCAUCACCAACAGCCGCAUCGUCGACCGUCGGAGCAUCUCGCGUGGCAGAUUCCAUGGUGAAAUUUGCAGAUCUGCACAAGAAAUGGCAACUGACGGUCCAGAAGGGCUGCCAGUACUGCGGCGCCAUCGAGAACAUCAAGAAAGGCGUGCUGGAAUCAAAGCAGCAAGACUGCAAUCCUUAUCCGGCCAAUUUGGAGCUGUACUGUAAGAACCUGGCAAUUCUGAUCACCAUUUUGGAGGAUGUUUUGGUGAGCUUGGAUGCGAUGAUCGAACAGUUGAAGGUACUGCAUGUGGUUAUGAAGGACGAGGUUUUGGGAAGAUCGUGGAAUCUGCGGAAGGUGAUGGAUGCGCUGGUUAGCGUUUCGGAGAAUUGGAAAUCCGAGCUGGAUGUGAGGAAAUCGGUUACAGAGAACAUCGGCCAUUCGGUGGGUACUGCAGAAUUGGCACUUCAUGUAGCCACUUGGGAGCAGCUUUCAAGUCAAAACGAAGUUGUGGGGCUUUUGGUCAGGAUGUUGAGCACGGAAUUCAAUGUACCACUUGGCUGAACAUUCGUUUCCAUACCAUUAUACCACUACAAUCUGUGAUACUCGAAUAAACAUCUGUUUUU